AAGGCGAAGAUGGCGGAGUGUGGGGAUCCCGUUAAAUAACGUGUGGAAAUCCGAAGAAUCCGGACAUCCAGGACCGGAGGUUGAGGAUAUCAAACGGAGAGACCGUGUCCUCCAGAAACAACGCCCUGUGCCAUGGCGUCCGCUCAUGCCCGAAUCAGCCAACAGGCCUUGGCCGUACUGGAUGUGGCAUUGCGAGUUCCCUGCAUCUUUAUUAUCGACGCCAUUUUUAACUCUUACUAUGAUCCCGGGUCCGGGUGGGCCGGGGCCACCGGAAAGGUUUUACUCCGAUUUUUGGGUAUUCUGGUGUCCAGUGUGGUCCUGGUCUUGUCUCAGAGGGCCUUAUUCAGGUUCUACAUGCUGUUCCUCGCAGUGCUCCUGGGUGUGGUGGCCACCCUGAUCAACUACUAUGCCACUUUGCACAUAGACUUCUACAGUGCAUACUACAAAGCAGCACUGGGCUUUAGGCUGCUACCAAGGAAUGGACCCACCCUGUGGUUGGGGAUGGCUGCUGUCCAGCUCGUGUUUGGCAUCGGCUACGUGGCGCUGCUGAACGUCCAGUCAGUGUUUGCGGCGCUUGUCGUCCUGGACAUCAUGAUCCCCAUCUGGGGGCUUAUUAUCGAGCUGCCCAUGGAUGUGCGGCAGCUGGUGGCCAUCGUGUCUGGCUUGGUGCUGGCCGUCAAUACGGCUGUGUACCUGAUCCUGAAGCUCAAGUGGUUCUACUACUCCUGCCGCUACGUCUUCCUGCUGGUCCGGCACAUGUACAGGAUCUAUGGGGUGCAGCUGCUAGUGGAGGACACAUGGAAGAGGAUCCGAUUCCCAGAUGUUCUCCGGGUCUUCUGGCUGACCCGGAUGACCGCCCAGGCCAUCAUUCUGGUCUAUGUGGUCAAGGUGGUCAGGAACGAAAGCGGUGAGCAGACCUACCUGACCUGGGACGUGUUCUGGGACCUGAUUAGCAACCUCAUCAUCAGUGGUUGCGACUCCACGCUAACAGUUCUGGGUAUGAGUGCUGUCAUCUCCUCCAUAGCGCACUACCUAGGGCUGAGCAUCCUGGCUUUCAUCGGCUCCACCGAGGAGGAAGACAAGCGGCUGGGCUUUGUGGCGCCGGUCCUGUUCUUCAUCCUGGCUCUUCAGACUGGGCUGAGUGGCCUGGACCCCGAGGAGAGGCUGGUGCGGCUGAGCCGCAACAUGUGCCUUCUUUUGACCGCCAUCUUGCAUUUCAUCCACGGGAUGACGGACCCGGUCCUCAUGUCCCUGAGUGCCUCCCACGUCUCGUCUGUCCGCCGCCACCUCCCUGUCCUCCUGGUGUCCAUAUGCCUCUUCGUGCUGCCCAUCGUGCUGAGCUACGCCCUCUGGCACCACUACGCCCUCAACACCUGGCUGUUUGCCGUCACUGCCUUCUGCGUGGAGCUCUGCCUCAAGGUCAUCGUCUCCCUGACGGUUUACACCCUCUUCAUGGUGGACGGCUACUACAACGUUCUCUGGGAGAAACUGGACGACUACGUGUACUACGUACGCUCCACCGGCAACGUCAUCGAGUUCAUCUUCGGGGUCAUCAUGUUCGGAAACGGGGCGUACACCAUGAUGUUCGAGUCGGGGAGCAAGAUCCGGGCCUGCAUGAUGUGUCUGCACGCCUACUUCAACAUCUACCUGCAGGCUAAGAACGGCUGGAAGACCUUCAUCAACCGCCGGACUGCAGUGAAGAAGAUAAACUCCCUCCCCGAGGUCAAGGGCGACCAGCUGCGCGACAUCGAGGACGUGUGCGCCAUCUGCUACCAGGAGUUUGCCACGUCGGCGCGCCUCACGCCCUGCCACCACUACUUCCACGCGCUCUGCCUGCGGAAGUGGCUGUACAUCCAGGACACAUGUCCCAUGUGCCACCAGAAGGUGUACAUCGAGGAGGAGGCCCGGGACAGCGCUCCCUUUUCCAACAACAACGGUUACGUGGCGCCCAACGAGAACGUGGGCGAAUUCGCAGAGGCCGCAGGGGCGGAAGCUGCCGCAGCCGCCAACGAGCCGGAGCUGGAGAACGAACUCCUGGAAGAUAAUGACAGUAUUGAGUACGACGAGGACGAGUGGGGGACACAAAAUGGAGGAACACCUGUGGAGGAAGACUACAUUAAUGACGACACAGACUCCAGUGGGGAAUGAUGAAAGUGUAUUUAAAUUUGGCGUCAUGUUUGUCAACAUCAGGGAUGUUUUUUUUUUUUUUUUCUUUUUUUUUUUUGCAUUUUGAUUGUCUGUUUUAGUUUGUGUAUAUUGUUUUUCAAGGGCUUAUGGAGGGGUAAAUAUUAUGAUGAGGUGUGUGUUACAGUGUGCCCAUGGGAGAUGCCUGAUAUUUUCAGUGCAAGGGAUGCACGUUCUUUCAUUCCUAGGGAUGCUCAUGAUCAUUGAUGGUUCACUGAAAGUUUGAAAUUAAAGUUUUGUAAAAAAAUAGCCUUUAAUAUUUUAAGAAACCGUUAAAAGGUGGUCUUAUGUUAUUAUUCUUACCGUUUUCACCCAAAGGGUUAUGCUGAUGCAGUUUUCUUUAUUUCUGUUAAGCUGUUUAAAUAUUUGAAGGAAGUUCUGAUGAAUCACAAAAAAAAGAAAUCUUAAAACGGACGGUCAGAGUUCUUGUGUAAGGAAGAAGGAUUUCAACUAAUGUGAUGUGCUACUGUAACCACAAAUAUACCUCCUCUCAUUACUACUGGUCUCUUGUGUGACCUUGCUAAAAUUGUGUACGUUAUUGUACAUGUAAUAAAAAAGACUUUCCUUUAUAAAAGAAAAGGUAUCCAAAUGAAUGUUUUGGAACAUUCUACCGCUGGGGAUGGUUCAUGAGUGAAAUGUACGUUGAUAUCUCGGCACCAUGUUUUAUUCAGACAGUACCUGUGUUAAUUGCUGAUCCUGGUAUUUAAUUCUGAACGUUACAGUGUUUCUGAAGGCAUCUGCCACUUUUGCCAUUUCAAAUAACACUUGAUUACGUGCAAAAUGCAUUUGGUCCUUACCCUGAAAUCACACACCUUUUUUAAUGGGAACACCUACUUCCUGGGUAAUAGCAAUAUGCCGCUAAAAGGAUUUAUUUCUUUUUUGGUUUGAUGUAAUGGAUUCAAUUAUCCCUCAGCCUUCUUCAGAAUCAAACAAUUCAGUUAUAACUGGGGUGUUAGAAUCAGAAAGUUAAAAAAAGUCUGAUUAUUCUGUGGAAUAGUUGUGCUUUUUUCUUUUGGAAAUGAAGGAUUUUGAUUUCUAGAUCAAUCAUUUGCUUUUCAAUAAAAGAUACAGUAAAAGAAUAUUUAGUAUUUUGCCUUUAAGUUAAAAAUGAUUUAUGUAAAUAAAAUCCUCUUUCACAGUG